UGCGCUGGAGGCGCGUCCGGGCCCGGUGGCGAUGGCGGCGGCCAAGGGGGACGGGGCGGUGGGGGAGCUGGAGCUGCAGGCGGCCAUCGGCUUCAACGGACAUGUUCCCUGUGGCCUCAUCUGCCACCCCGACAGGGAGCACGUCCUGUACCCCCUGGGCUGUACGGUGGUGAUUCAGCACCUGGACACUAAGAAACAGAGUUUCUUGCAUGGCCACACCGAUAACGUGUCCUGCGUUGCCGUGUCCAGGGAUGGGAUGUACGUCGCUUCAGGACAAGUCACCUGCAUUGGAUUCAAGGCAGACGUCAUCCUCUGGGAUUUCCCAAAGCAGGAGUUACUUGCUCGGCUCUCGCUGCACGAGGGCAAAGUCGAGGGACUCUCGUUCUCGCCCAGAGGCAUUUAUCUUGUGUCCCUGGGAGGCCAGGACGACGGCAGGGUGAUGGUGUGGGACGUCAGUAAGAGAGAGGCUGUGUGCGGGAGCCCGGCCUCGCCGCGCAGCGCCGGCAAUGCCAACGUCGUCAUGUGCUCCAGCUGCAGGGACGAGAUGUUUGUCACUGCUGGAAAUUUCACCAUUCGAGUGUGGGAACUCGACACAGCAACUAAAAAAAUCCAUCCGUCUGAAUGCUACGCGGGGCAACUGAGAAGAAUCACUGUGUGUGUUCAGAUGACAGAUGAUGAUGGUGAUUUUUAUCUUGGCACGACGAGUGGAGAUGUCCUGAAAGUGAACACAAGCAGCAAGGUGCUGACUGCCUGUGGGCCCCAGAAGAAGAAGUUGAGCAUGGUGAGUAGCAGCUCUGUGACUCCAAUUCUGUCCUUGUCCUGCUCUUUGUUAGUGACUGAAGGUAGAGCAACCUGCGGGAGAACCAUCACAAAGCGGAUUCUCAGACUAACGCUUUUCCUGCGCUGUCAGUUCCUUGUGUCUCGGUCUUGAUGCUGAAGGCUGAGCCCAUUGUCCCGCCUUCGUUGAGCUUCAUUUGGCUCAGAAUUUGGGUUUUACUUGAAUCUCGUGUGUCAUCCCACAAACUCUGUACAAUUAAUCUGGUAAACGUCAUAGAAAGUGAAAAGUAGUAAUAAAAAUGGAGUAGUUCCUGACUUUUUUGCUUCUUUUAAGAAGAUACGAGCUGGAGUGAGACAGAGGACGUUCCUGGGAAGGCUGGUGGAAGCGCUUGUUUGAGAGGCUUUCCCGCACUUACUGCUGUAAGGUCCCAUAGUCAGAUCUCACAAAUGUGUUAAAUUGUCUGGACUGAACUUUUCUUUUUGUGUUUGUUCCCCAUCCCAUUCCCCCACUUCCCUUCGUCUUUUUGCUGUUCUGAUUCUGCCACUGAUGAGGCAGAGAUCUUACUGAAAAAGGCAGUAUAAAUAAUGUAAUUCAAGAGUUUAUUGUAACGCGUAUGCACAAUUUGGACAAAACAAGGUUGCACAGGGUACAUUGAUUCUAUUGCUUUUUAACUUCUGAGUUCUUGACUUCAUAACCCCAAGGGUUUUUUAACUUAGCUUUUUUUUGUCUCUGAUUGGGACUCGUGGGUCUGAGCAUCCUCAAACAGGAGUUAUCUCCUGAAUAAGGAGCUUCUGACCGGUGGUCGUACAAGAAUUCUGCAUGCAGGCAGCUGUAAUGAUAAAACAAUCGGCACCAGCUAGAACACUUGUUGUUGAUUUCUCGUUAUUUGGUGCUAUAAAAGGCUUCUUGUAGCGUCUCGGUCUGUCCCUUGCCUAAGCUGGGAUGUGUUUUGCGACUGCGUCAGCAGCACGCCCAGCAGCGAGCAGCAGGGGCAGCGCUGCCGCGGGAGGGCCGGCUGUGCUGGUGGGGAUGCCGCGGGGCCGCUGUCCUGCGGGGCAGCAGAUCUGCUCUGAGAGCAGCACAAGCCCACAGGGGCUGUAAGAGCAGUUCAGCAGUCAGCCCCAAAGAAAACUCUCCUCUGGGCUUGUUUCCCUCAACCUCCUGAACUUUGCUUGGACAGGUGCAUCCAAACCAUGUACGUGCCCGUUCCAGAUGAAAUAUUUAUUGCGUUACAAAUGCAGGCCCAUGUCUCCGGGAUAACUUGGACCCACUGAAUCCUUUGAAAUACAGUUCAAUGUUGAUCUGUUCCAGAAGGGUGGAGAAGUUAUUACUUGUUUUUCCCACUUAUAUUGUAGGAAUGCAAGUAGUUUUUUUCUGUGUCCCUCUUAAAGGACAGGAAUGGAUGUGUUUUGUUUUCCUGCUGGCAAUGGUAAGUUCGCUGCAGGUGUGUCCCCGUGUGGGGACACCCGCACUGGCCGCGGUUGAGCCCCUUGUCCGGCUGCCCCCCUGCAGGGCUUUGCGUCCACGCAGGACCCGUGGCUGCUCUGUGCUGUCUCUUAGGCCAAGGUCUUGGUGACUGUCACCUCCCCUUCCAAUGCCUGCGUGCUUUGAGUCCUUCUCCAUCUCGCAGCACGUGCACCUCGCCCAGAGCCCCUGGUUGAAGCCGCCCGAGGGCCUGAACUCCCGUGUCCUCAGGGCUGAGGGAAAGGUGCCAAAUGCACUUGAAACAAAACUUCACCAAAAAUACACUUCUGAGAGCACUGCUAAAGAAGCCGUCAGGCAGGGUCACGAGCAGGAUGCUGUGCCGUUUGGGGGUCCAAAAGAAAAAGCCGAGGCUCAAAGCCAGAGCACAGUCCAGUCCGUACUGUGAGGGGUUUUAUCGUAAGGCAGAUCCAUAGGAACAGCAUUUUGUGGCAGAGACCUUUGGAGCAUCAUGAGCUUCAGCUGGCAUGGCUUCUGAGAGUGAAAAGCUGAGGGAAAACAGGCCCCUUGACUGUGCAAGAGGCUGACAAG